AUGUCUAAGCGAUCCGGUUCCGGCGAGAAUAAACACUCGAGGAAGAGGGCCAAAACAGAGGAGCAGGUGUCUGCAGACGACUCCGAUACGCCCAAGCAGGACAAGAAAAAAUCAAAGAAGAGUUAUCGCCAAUCAGCCAACCUGAAUGCCGUUCCCCAGGCGGAAAUCGACGCUUUCCAAGAGGCUAAUCUGGUGGAGAUUUCGGAUCCCCUGGACAAAGAGCAGACCCUACGCCCCAUCAUCACCUUUGAGCACAUGCCCGAUUUUGACGAUGCGCUGUACGAACCCCUUCGCAGUUUCUCAGCACCGACCCCGGUCCAGGCUGCGACAUGGCCGCUGCUCUUCUCAGGCCGCGAUGUCAUCGGAAUCGCAGAGACGGGGAGCGGCAAGACAUUGGCGUUUGGGUUGCCCUGCCUCAGGAAAAUGGUCGCCUUGAAGAAGAAGAAAACGAAGCCUUCCCACCCAACGGCCGUAAUGCUCACUCCGACUCGGGAGCUUGCGAUGCAGAUUCACGACCAACUGGAGAAGUACGCCUCGCCCGUCGGCAUCAAGGUCACUUGCAUCUUUGGAGGUGUUAGGAAGGACGAACACAGAGCGGCCCUGAAGACAGCCACUGUGGUGGUUGCCACUCCUGGUCGCUUGAAGGAUCUUAUCGGAGAAGGAUCCGUGAACUUGGGAAAGGUGAAAUAUCUUGUGCUCGACGAGGCCGACCGAAUGUUGGACAAAGGGUUUGAGCAAGACAUCAAAGAAAUCAUCGGCACCAUGCCGGUCUCGAAAAGACAAACUGCCAUGUUCACUGCAACAUGGCCUCCCUCGGUCAGAAAUCUAGCUGAAGGAUUUACCCGCGAUCCGGCUAUGAUCACAGUUGGCGGCAAGCCAUCAGGAGACCCUCGUGCAAACACUCGCAUCAAGCAGGAUGUAGAAGUGCUCUCACCUUAUGACAAGGAGCAGAGGCUCUUGCAGAUUCUUGGAGGCCUCCAGAAGAAGGCCGUUACGGAUAGGGUCUUGGUCUUUUGUCUUUAUAAAAAGGAAGCCACUCGCAUUGAGCGAUUCAUUCAAUCCAGAGGCUACAAGGUUGCCGGUAUUCACGGAGACUUGAGCCAGAGCGAUAGAUUUAAGAGUCUAGACGCUUUCAAGUCCGGUACCGUUCCUAUUCUGGUUGCUACCGAUGUUGCAGCUCGAGGCCUAGACAUCCCGGCAGUGAAGACGGUAAUCAAUGUGACCUUCCCGUUGACAAUUGAGGACUAUGUACACCGGAUUGGACGAACCGGUCGUGCUGGUGCCGAGGGUCAUGCUAUCACCUUUUUCACAGAGAAUGAUAAGACACACUCAGGAGCGUUGAUAAACGUAUUGAAGGCAGCAAAUCAAAAUGUUCCUGACUCACUUAUGAAAUUCGGCACAACCGUUAAGAAAAAGCAGCACGGGGCUUAUGGUGCAUUUUUCAAGGAUGUCGAAUCGACUAAAGCCGCGACCAAGAUCACCUUUGAUGAUUGA